UUGUAAUUGCUUUGGAUAAAUAAUGCAUCUGCCAAAUGCAUCAAUGUAAUGUUGUGAGACUUGUGUCAACUUUCCCCGGUCUCAUAUAUAACCAAUAGCUUCCAAAACCAAGCAAACACAAAACCAAUAUCACUGCGCGCGUCUCUGACACUCAAAGAGUCGCAUAAUCGCUUAUAUACGACCUAUUUGUAUCGCAUCGAAGCCGUUUAGCUUUGCUUUGGCUCGGAUAAGAAUCUUUUAUCGGCCUUCCGUGUUUUCCUGCGGCUCUGGCGCAGUGACGUGCCGCGCUCCGGCGGAGAUGCGGCGCGUCUGCGCGCGGAGCUCCGCCCUCCCUGCGCACUCCGCGGCCCGCCCAGCGCCCGCGAGCUCCCGAUCGAGCCCUGCCCGAGUCUGGGGAAACCCGACGGCCUGCCUGCGGAAAUCUGGAGGCCGCACUGCGCGUUCAUCUAUGUUGUGCAGUGGCCAAUGAGGAGUAAAGACGAUGACUGAGGAGGUCACCAGACUUGCGCUCCGCUCCCAAGAGCCAAAGAUUAUACUGCAUGGCUCAGAUGAAGGAGGUGCAGGUGAGGAGGAGUAUGUGGUGGAGCUGCAGGAGACGGUGCUGGUGUCUGAGGUGGAUGGUGAGGGAGUUUCCGUCCAGGGCUUCUCCUCCGAUGAGCUCGUCAUCCAGGAUGCGGUGGAGGACGUGGUCGCCGAAUACGUGCACUGCGAUGACGACGAGGGCGUUGCCGUGGAGACCUGUGUGAUGUCACUGGAGGGUGAGGAGGAAGAGGAUGACGGUGUUGCCAUGGCAGAGAUGACUGAGGAUGUUUUGGUGGCAGACGGAAGGGAGCAAGAUGGGCUGGACCAAGAACACGACUCGGACAGCUGUGGAGACUACCUGAUGAUCUCCUUGGAUGAUGCAGGUAAGAUGGUGUCAGGUGAUGGAGAGGAGGUGACAGUGGAGGGAGCGAUGGAUGAUCAGGAGGUGGAGAAGGACGAGGACGGACAGGAAGUGAUUAAAGUUUACAUCUUUAAAGCAGACUCAGGGGAGGAUGAUCUGGGUGAGACAGUCGACCUGGAUGAGAGUGAGACCGUCACUUUGGCUGAACCUGUCGUACGGCCGCUGAGAGAGAAGAUGGUCUACAUGUCUGUAGGUGACGGCCAUCAUACACAGACUGAUGGAGGGUCGAAGCUCUCCGAUGAGGUUUAUAUGGAGGUGGUUGUUGGUGGAGAAGAGCCGGUGUCUCAUGACCGAGUGUAUGACAGCACAGCAUUGAGCAAAGACUUCAUGCCUGUAGCGUGGGCCGCUGCAUACGGUGCGGCGGAUCACGAAGGUUGUGAGAAUCGUAACGGUGCGGCGAGCGCGUUACUGCACAUCGAUGAGUCGGACGCGCUGGACAAACUGAACCGACAACACGGCAAGAACAAGAGGCGAACUGAACCCCGUCAGGUCCAGACAGCGAUUAUCAUCGGUCCAUACGGACAGCCUCUCACCGUCUACCCCUGCAUGCUGUGCGGUAAGAAAUUCAAAUCCCGCGGCUUCCUGAAGCGACACACUCGCAACCACCACCAGGACGUCUUGACACGCAAAAAGUACCAAUGCACCGACUGCGACUUCACCACUAACAAAAAAGCCAGUCUCCACAACCACAUGGAGGUUCACGCGGUCAGUAACAAAGCUCCCUUCGAAUGCGAGACCUGCGGUAAAGAGUUUCACCAGCAAGCGGCGUUGUUUUCCCAUCGCCUUCAACACCAUCACCGGGAACAGAAAUCGCCUACGGCCAUCGCUUCCCCGCUCUCUCCCGCCGCUGCGACCAAGACUCACAAAUGCAAGUUUUGCGAUUACGAGACCGCCGAGCAAGGUCUGCUCAAUCGCCACCUGCUGGCCGUUCACAGUAAGAGUUUCCCGCACAUCUGCGUGGAGUGCGGUAAGGGUUUCCGUCAUCCGUCCGAGUUAAAGAAACACAUGCGGACGCACACCGGGGAAAAGCCGUACUCCUGCGCGUACUGCGAUUAUAAAUCGGCGGACUCGUCGAACUUGAAGACGCACGUGAAAACGAAACACAGUCGCGAACUGCCGUUCCGCUGCGAGCGUUGCGGUCAGACCUUCGGCGAAGAGGAGGAGCUGACGCAGCACGCGGCGACGCACGAGGACGCUCGAGGGCACCAGUGCAGCCACUGCGACCAUCGCAGUUCCAACUCCAGCGAUCUUAAACGGCACAUUAUUUCCGUGCACACUAAGGACUACCCGCACAAAUGCGCCGUCUGCGGAAAAGGCUUCCAUCGGCCGUCCGAGCUUAAGAAACACUCGGCGUCUCACAAAACCAAGAAACUGCAUCAGUGUCGUCACUGCAACUUUAAGAUCGCCGACCCCUUUGUCCUCAGCCGCCACAUCCUUUCCGUCCACACCAAGGAACAACAACAACAGCAACCGCAGGAGCCCGCGUCACCCACAUCACCCGCGUCACCGCCGACGCCGCCGCCAACCCAGCCGCAAGCCCCGCCUGUAGAAAAGAGCACCCCAAAGAGGACUAUAGGGGCGGCGCAGUUGGCGUCGGGUGGUGCGGCGGUAAAGAAGGGAGGUGGGCCGGCGGGUAAGGGUCCACGGGAGCGUAGGGUGUAUCAGUGUCAGUAUUGCGACUAUAGCACGGGAGAUGCGUCUGGCUUUAAGAGACACGUCAUUUCCAUUCAUACUAAAGACUAUCCUCAUCGCUGUCAGUACUGCUCCAAGGGUUUCCGGAGACCUUCGGAGAAAAACCAGCACAUUAUGAGACACCAUAAAGACGUGGUGCCCGCAGAAUGAUCACCCUCCUCUUCCUCAUCUUCCUUUAUGUGCCGUAUAAGACACUAAACAGCCCGUACUUUAAAAUCACCAUCCCUCGUGUUGGCAACCAGUUGCAUAUGUGUGUGUGUGUUGUUGUGUCUGUAUGUGAGAUUGAAUCUAGUGCACAGAAUGCAUUCGCACCUCCCACAUUAAAGGAAAAGUUCACCCAAAAAUGAAAUUGUCACGAUUGACGGAUUCUCAUUUCGUUCCAAACCUGUAUUAUGACAAGAAUCACCUUAAAAGUAUUUUGAAAGUAUUUCGUGUCAGACGAUAAGGUGUUUUUUUUUUAACCUACGUUUGGGUCCAAAUUCAAAAAUGUUGUAAUGAUGCCAAACUGGUUUUGGAAGGACAUGAGAACAACGUUAAUAAUAAUGACAUGGCUUCAUUUCUGAGUGAACGCUUUCUUGCUCGUGUGUUUGUAUUUUAUGUUUUUUAGCGAUUUCAAUUUGGUUUUUCGUACCUUAACAGAUGAACUGUGGAUCAGGUGUUUAUAUUCCUCGAGCAUUUUAGAGACGCACUACAGUCAUUAAUUGCAAACAUUUGACCUUGAUAUCAUAUACAAACGCUCUAAAAUGCUUUAUGGAUAUAUGACCAUGUGGCUCAGUUUUGCACUUUAUCAGCAUGAUUGACAGCUGUCUUUAUGGGUUGCAAAAUGUGGACAUGGAGGAAACAUCUAGAAGUGUUGGAAAGAUAACAGGCUGUUUUUCAUCGAAAAACAAAAACCAUGUUUUAUUUAGUACGGUCAGGACAGGGUUAAUCUGGUAUAUAAAUAUUCUUAUAAACUUAUAAACAAAGACUGCAAGAAACUUUGCAUAUUUGUCAGGCAGUAAUAGACUAUGGAUAGUUUCAGAUCUGUAUUAAUAAAGCAUUUAAAGGAAUAGUUCACUUGAAAAUUCAACUCAUGCAGGUUAAUUUUUAUUUAUUUUUGUUUCAGUAUGAUGACGACGGGCGGUCAGAGCUCCAAAAAAAAAGUACAAAUGAAAUGUGAUUAAAUGACAUUUUUUGUGAACUGUUCCUUUAAUGCGUACACAAAACUGCUGGUUUUAAUGUUUGGUAAACUUUCAAAACAUGAUCAUGUAUAUUAAAUGUAUUGCACACACUGCACAAAAUUAUUUUCAAGAAAAAAAUCUUAGUGUUUUUGUCUUGUUUUCAGUGAAAAUAUCUAAAAAUUCUUAAUUAAGAUGCUUUU